CAGCCUCCCCCCUGCCGCGAGCAGUGCGGGAGGGGGGAGGCUGGGAGGCGAGCGGCUGCACCAGGGGCCCAGCCCCUUUCCCAGGCGAAGGAGCCCCUUGUCCGCCCCCAGAGCUGGGCGUCGUGGGCUCGGGAGCGCCGGUCGGAGGACAGAGCGACCUGCCGGGGCGCUGCUGUGGCUCUCGGCCCCUGCAGGCGGCGGGCACCGAGCACGAGGGGACUUGGCCGGGCGGCGAGCCCAGCUGGGGCUGCACAACUUUCAGGGACGGGCUGGUGCUGAUCGCAGCCCCUGGCGCCGCUGCACUGGAGGGCGACCGGGGUGGGGGAAGCGGCGUCUCCCUCCCGGGCCCCCCUGACAUUUGGUUUCCGAUUCGCUGCCGAAGUCUCCGGGACUAGUUGCACCCCCGCAGCUGACCCCAGCCAGGUGGAGCCGGCCGUGCGGGGCGAUUGCAUGAAGCCGGUGCCUCUCCCCGCAGCGGCGGAGCCGCGGAAGGGGCGGCCGGGGCUGCUCCAGCGGAAGACCCCGGCGGCGGGGCUGGCGGCGCUGCCUCCGGCUAUGGCUUGCCUGGGAGCCUGGCUCCGCUUCUCCCUGCUCUGGGCUGCACUGGCAGCGCGGCCACCUCGGGCGGAAGGUGCUUGUGUCUAUCAAGGCUCAUUGUUUGAGAACAACACAAUUUGGAAGCCAGAUUCUUGCCAAGACUGCAGUUGCCAUAGUAAUAUUGUCACCUGUGAACCUGCUGUCUGCGGACACCCUUGGUGCGACUUUCAGAAGGGUGAAGUGCUCCAAAUACCUCCAAAUAAGUGCUGCCCUGAGUGUGUCUUGGGAACUAAAGGAUUUUGCCAACACGAAGGACAGACACAUGGGCAUGGUACAGAAUGGGCAAGCUCUCAGUGCACAACGUGUUUCUGUGCCAAUGGGACAGUUCACUGCUCCCCUAAGCUCUGCUUGGUCCCAUCUUGUGGCAGCGGGGAACUGGAAUAUGUCGCGCCAGGAGAUUGCUGUCCCAAAUGUGUGGGGAUUGGUGAGUCCUGCUCCUUUGAUGGCCAAAUGUUCCGGGAUGGCGAGGAGUGGCAGCUCAGCCCAUGCUCCAAAUGUUUCUGCAGGAAUGGAGCAACUCAGUGCUUCACAGCAGAAUGUCGGCCUGUGGCAUGCAGCAGGGAUGAAGUUAUGAUUGUAACUCCUGGAAAAUGUUGUCCAGAAUGUGUUCCAAAGCCCUGCUCUGUAUCUGGAGAAGCAUACAAGCAUGGUCAGCAAUGGAAGAAAAAUCCCUGCACUACCUGUAUAUGUCAUAGAGGGGAAGCCAGAUGUGUAAGACAGGCCUGUGCCCCACUCACUUGUGAGAAGGAUCAGAACAAAGUGCAGCGUCCAGGGAAGUGUUGUGAGGAGUGUGUGUCUUCCAAAGGCAUCUGCUUAUCUGAAGGCAUCAUCAGGUACCACAGUGAGAUGUGGAAUGGCACUCGCUGUGAGUUCUGCAUGUGUGAUGGAGGGCAAGUCACUUGCCAGAACGCAGAGUGUGCCAAAGUGGAGUGUGCCUGGGGUGAAGAAUUAAUUCAUUUAGAGGGAAAGUGCUGUCCUGAAUGUGUUUCAAGUGAUAGUUACUGUGUUUACAAAGAACAUACCAAAGAUAUUUUUUUCUCUGAUACAAGUGAGGGAAAACAUAUCAAGAAUGGAGAGAAAUGGAAAGAAGGCCUGUGCAAAGAAUGUGAAUGCCGGGACACCCAGGUGAUCUGCUAUCGCCGCUCUUGUCUGCUUUGCCCACCGGGCAGCCUGGCAGUGGAGGUAAAGGGAGACUGCUGCCCACAAUGCAAAUCAGUGCAGUGCCACCCAGACUGUUUGGUAUGCUCUCAGUCCUUUGACCACUGUGACAUCUGCCGGGAUGCAACAAAGCAACUGCAGAAUGGACGUUGUGUGGAGAACUGUGAAUCUGGAUUCUACAAGGAUGCUGGAGUUUGCUUAGCCUGCAAGGAAACAUGCCUGACCUGUACCAGUGGAUUUGAAUGUACAUCAUGCCAAGGAUCUAUGCUAAUGAAGCAUGGGCAGUGUGUGGCAUCAUGUGGGGAGGGAUUCUUCCAGGAUUAUCUCCACUGUGCAGCUUGUCACGAAUCCUGCUCCACCUGCUGGGGGGCUGCUGAGAACAACUGCUUGGCCUGCAAAGACCACUCUCAUGUAUUAAAAGCAGGGGUCUGUGUGACCAGCUGUGGCCAGGGGUUCUACAUCAGGAAUGGAAUCUGCAAUGCUUGUGACCAGUCCUGUGAAACAUGUUAUUCAGACCGACUGAGUUGUUUAACAUGCGCUUCAGAUAGGGUGCUCCACAGUGAGAAAUGCAUGUCAGAGUGCCCGGCCGGAUACUACGCAGGCAGCACCCGGAGAUGUAGAGCUUGCCAUGAGUCAUGUUCCACCUGCACCGGACCACUGGCCACUCACUGCACUUCCUGUCCCCUUUCCCUGGCAUUACGACAGGGCCAGUGUCUGUCUUCCUGUGGAGAGGGCUUUUAUCGUGACCAUGAUGUCUGCAAAGGUUGCCACCCAUCCUGUCAUGCUUGCAUUGGCCCAGAGAGCUUUCACUGCACACGGUGCAGGGAGCCAGAGGAGGCACUGCAGCUGGAACAGCACCUUGGGGGAGCUCUGCACGGUGUCUGCCUCCCUCAGUGCAACACUCAUUUCUACCUUGAUGUUGCUGGAGUGUGCAGACAGUGCCAUGCCUCAUGUUCAGCCUGUAUAGGCAGCACUCCCCAGAACUGCACAGCCUGUGCGUAUCCCCAGGUUCUUCAUGAUGGCAUGUGCCUCCCUGCAUGCCCAGAAGGACUGUACAGUCAGGAAGGUCAUUGCUAUGCCUGUCAUCCAUCCUGCAGGAAGUGCAGUGGUCCUUCAGACUUUGACUGCAUUGCCUGCCAUCCCCACACAGCCCUAGCUGAAGGAAAGUGCAGAACUAGCUGCAAGGAAGAGCAGUACCUCAACCUGGUCGGAUACUGUGUGGAUUGCCAUCCCCUGUGCCAUCAAUGCGUGGCUGAUCUCCACAACACUGGCAGCAUCUGCCUGCAGUGCCAGAAUGCCCGUCGCUUGUUACUGGGAGAUCACUGUGUUCCUGACUGUCCCAUGGGAUACUAUGCAGAAAAUGGAGCCUGUAAAAGGUGUCACCCCUCAUGCAAAACAUGCAGCGGCAGAAGCCCUUUCUCAUGCUCUUCCUGUGAAUCGAGUCUUGUUUUGUCCCACACUGGCUUGUGCACUUCAGCCUGCUUCCCUGGACACUACAGGGAUGGGAGCCAGGCAUGCAAACCUUGCAGUAGCCAGUGUCUGAGCUGUGAGUCGAUGGCAGGCUGUACGUUAUGCAGAGACUUGACUAAAGUUCUGUUGUUUGGCGAAUGCCAGUAUGAAAGCUGCACUCAGCAGUAUUAUCUUGAUUUCCUCACUAAGACUUGCAGAGAGUGUGACUGGAGCUGUAAUGCUUGCAAAGGUCCCCAGAGGACAGACUGUCUACAGUGCAUGGAUGAUUUUGUUCUUCACGAUGGGACUUGUGUGGAACAAUGCCCACAAGGUUUCUACAAGGAAUCAGACAUUUGUCAGAGAUGUGAUGACCACUGCCUCCAGUGUCACCAGCCAAUGGAGUGCACUCUUUGUGAAGCUCCAUUUUUUCUCUUGGAAACCCAGUGUGUCCGUGAAUGUGGGAAGAAAUAUUAUGAAGACCAUGUGAAGCAAAAAUGUGCAGCUUGCCCUGCAGGAUGCUUGGAGUGUGAUAAUGUCAGCCAGUGCCAAGUCUGUGAUACCACCACAUUUCUGAAGAACAACCUUUGUGUGUCUGAGUGUGGCCAUGAUUUCUAUGGUAACAGCAGGACUAGAAAGUGUGAAGCCAUCAAGCCUGCUUCUGUUCUCCUAUUGAAAGGUUUGUUCACAGUGGGGAUUGGUGGGAUAAAGCCACUUGACUCUUCCGUCAUGGAUGUGCAUGAUGUGGAUGGCAAAGAUGGAGAGUUUCUGUUCCAUGUGGUCAGUGUUCCCACCAAUGGCAGGCUAGUGAUAAUGGUUGACAAGAAAGAGGUGCAACUGAACAAGGGUGACCAUUUCACUUGGGAGGAUGUACAGGAGAAGAGAGUCCGCUUUGUGCACAGCAAAGAAAAAUCCAGGAAAGGACAAUUUUCCUUGAAGGUCGGUGAUCAGCAGAACUUCUCUCAGCCGGAAGUGAUCACCAUUCAAGCAAUUUCAACACAGGCACCAUACAUGCUACGGAAUGAAGCCCUCUUUAUCAGCAGAGGGGAUAUUGCUGCUAUAACAGAUUUGCUCCUUGAUAUUCGAGACAAUGACAAUCCUCAGGAUGUAGUGGUAAUGGUUUUAGACCCUCCACAUCAUGGCCGGCUGGUCAAACCUCCAGGGGACGCAGCUUCUGAAGUCCAAGUAUUCAGCCUUCACGAACUGGCCAGUGGACUCCUACAUUAUGCUCAUGAUGGCUUCGAUAGUCUGGAUGAUACAGUUGUUCUCCAAGUGAAUGAUGGGUACUAUUUUCAGAACGUUCUGUUCCACGUUAAGAUUGUUCCAAAGAGUGACAGAGGCCCACAACUGCUUACAAACUCCUUGGUGUGGGUCCCAGAGGGAGGAAUGCUGCAGAUCACUAACAGGAUUUUGCGAGCAGAGGUGCCUGGUGCCAGCGACUCUGAGAUCACCUACGCAAUCAUCAAGGACCAGCCGCGAUAUGGUGAAGUGGUCCUUCUGUUACCCAUGCCAGCAGAUGGCCCAGCUGAAUCAUGGCAGCGCUUACCAGAUGGAAGAGCACCCACACCAACUAUGUCCUUCACUCAGCGGGACAUCAAUGAAGGCAUUGUGUGGUACAAGCACUCUGGAUCUCAAGUAGAAAGCGAUUCCUUCCAUUUCCAGGUAUCCAGUGCUACUGCUCCACAAACCCAUUUGGAAACCCACAUGUUCAACAUUGCUGUUCUCCCACACACACCCAAGACACUGCAGCUUUCCCUUGGGUCCUCUCUGCAUAUGACGGCACUGGAGGAUCGUGUGACAGUGAUUGAGCCACAUCACCUCUCCUUUGUAGACCCGGAGAGUUCAAGUGAGAAAAUUGUCUUCAAUGUGACUGUACCUGUGCCACCAAAUCAAGGUGUGGUGGAACACAGAGACAGGCCUCUCUCACCCAUCAAGUAUUUCACACAGGCAGAUAUUAACCAGGGCAAGAUUGCUUACCGCCCGCCUGCUGCUGCCCCGCACAUGAGAGAGAUUACUGCAUUCUCUUUUUCUGGUCUCCCAGAAUCAGUGAACUUUCGUUUUACAGUGUCUGACGGAGAACACGUAACCCCCGAGAUGGCAUUUACGAUUCAUUUGGACUCGGUGGGUCAGCAACCUCCUGUGUUCCAGACCACCACUCCGUUUCUGAAGGUCAGCCAGGGUGGCAAGGCUACUCUCGGGGUUCAGCUGGAAGUAAGUGAUGUGGACACAGCUCCUGAAGAUCUCUUCUUUGAGCUGGUGGAAUCUCCUCGCCAUGGGGUUCUACUCAAAAACCUCACCAGAGUUCAUGACCACUUGAGAGCAGGUGAUACUUUCACGUACGAAGACAUCACCCAAAAUGCUUUGCAGUAUGUCCAUGAUGGCUCAUCUGCAGCAGAGGACAGCAUGGAAAUCUCUGUGACCGAUGGCGUUACCACUGCAACUACUGUACUGAGAGUGGAAGUAUCACUGAUGGACAGGAACAGUCCCCGGUUAGCUCCAGGCUGCUUGCUGACUGUCACAGUGGAUAGUAAAAGCUCUGUGACACUUUCUCGGUCACACCUAGCUUACGUUGAUAAUAAUUCUCCCGACUCAGAGAUCACAAUUCAAUUAAUAUCUCUGCCUAUGUACGGCACCCUUUUAUGGGCCUCUGGACUGUAUAAUGGGGAGCUUGUGGAAGUUUAUAAUUUCACAAUGGAAGAUAUCAACAAUCAGAAGAUCAGAUACACAACUGCAUUUGAGACCAGUGAUCAGCCAGUCACUGAUAUUUUCCACUUUUCUGUCAUCGAUGCUGACAACAAUCAGCUUGACAGCCAGAUGUUUACCAUCACCAUCACACCUCUUCAUAACAGACCAUCGGUCAUUGCUUUUGCUGAUCAUAUUACUGUUGAUGAGGGAGGGAGGGUCCCGUUGUCCAUUCACCAACUCCUAGCCACUGACUACGAUACAGCCAUGGAAGAGUUAGUGGUUACAAUAAUCACUCUACCCAUAUAUGGGUGCAUUGAAAACACAAAGACAGGUACUGUUUUUGGUCCUGGGGGCACAGCAGACUCAGGUGCAUCAUUCCCCAUUCAAGAUGUGCUAGAGAACCAUGUGUACUACUUUCAGAGCGUCCAUGAAAGUGUUGAGCCAACACAUGACCUCUUCCGCUUCUCUGUGAGCAGCAGCUCCAUCCUGCCUGAGACAUGGAGCAUCAACAUCACCAUUCAGCGACAGAACGAUGAGGCCCCAAAGAUGGUGCUGGAACCUGUGAGAGUCCGUGAGAGCUUGGGAGUGGUGAUCAGCAACACUUCCCUGAGCCUGCAGGACUUGGACACGCCAGAUAACGAGCUUGUUUUUGUUGUUACCCAGAAGCCCAGACAUGGUCACCUGCGCAGGAGACAAUCUUACCUGGAACCUCUGGAGAAUGGGCGCAUUCUGUCACAGGGCUCAUCCUUUACCUACCAAGAUGUUCUGGAAAAGCUGAUCGUUUACACGCUAGCUGGUGCUGAGGCAUGGUCGGAUGAAUUCAGAUUCUCCCUCACAGAUGGACUGUACACUGAGAUGGGGAGGGUGGAGUUCUCCAUGGAGCUGCCAAAGAAUGAGCCACCUAGAUUAGCUGUGAACAGAGGCCUGCAGCUUCCAGCUGGCUCAGUAGCACGCAUCACAGAUCAGCACUUAAAAGCAGCAGAUAUUGAUUCAGAUGACCUGAAGCUCAGAUACGUCAUGAAGAAAGAUCCCAGUAGUGGGCGUCUGCAGCUGACUAAAAUUGAUAACCUGGUCCAGAUCUCUGUCAAGGGACCUGUCAAAAGUUUCACCCAAGUUGAUAUAAAUAAAGGGCAAGUGGAAUACAGUCAUGAAAAAGGGGAGCCAGGUGGGAGCUUUGCUUUUAACUUUGAUGUGAUCGAUGCAGAAGGCAACAAACUGAUGGACCAGUCAUUCUAUAUUAGCGUCUUGGAGGAUAGGCUCCCUCCGUCCAUCAUUGCUAACAAAGGCUUGGUCUUGGAUGAAAAUUCAGUGAAGAAGAUCACGACUCUGCAGCUCUCUGCCACAGACCAGGACAGCGAGCCUGCCGAGCUCCUGUACAGAAUAACAAAACAGCCGCAGCUGGGGCACCUGGAGCAUGCCGCUUCACCAGGCACAAGGAUUAGCUCAUUCAGCCAAGCAGACCUGGCCUCUCGCAGUAUCCAGUACAUCCACACCAGUGAGGUUGAGAAACAUUCUGACUCAUUUACUUACUCUGUCUCUGAUGGAGUGAAUGAGGUGAGUCAAACAUUUGACAUCACCAUAAACCCAGUGGAUGACUCCUUGCCUGUGGUGCAGAAUCCAGGGAUGAGGGUUCAGGAAGGGGUGAGAAAAACCAUCACAGAGUUUGAGCUUAAAGCCACAGAUGCUGACACAGAGGCUGAAUUGGUUACAUUCACCAUCGUGCAGCCCCCUCGGCAUGGCGUGGUUGAACGCACCCACAAUGGUCAGCACUAUCGCCAGACCACCUCCUUCACCAUGGAUGACAUCUUCCAGAACCGGAUCAGUUACAGCCACGAUGGCAGCAACUCUCUGAAGGACCGUUUCACCUUCAUCGUGUCUGAUGGGACCAACCCCUUCUUUGUUGUGGAAGAUGGAGGGAAGGAGAUUGUGACAGCGGCACCCCAGCGGUUCAAAGUGGACAUUCUCCCCGUGGAUGAUGGGACACCCAGAAUUGUCACCAACUUGGGCCUGCAGUGGCUGGAGUACAUGGAUGGCAAGGCAACCAAUCUGAUCACCAAGAAGGAAUUAUUGACAAUGGAUCCCGACACAGAGGACAAGCAGCUGAUUUAUGAGAUAACAGCUGGCCCCAAGCAUGGCUAUGUGGAGAGCAAGCUGAGACCAGGAGUAGCUGUGACUACCUUUACUCAAGAGGAUGUGAACCUGGGGCUGGUUCAAUACGUGUUGAAUGAUGAGAAGAUUCAGGAAACAAUGGACAGCUUUCAGUUUCUAGUGAAGGACAGCAAACCCAAUAUGGUCAGUGACAACAUUUUCCAUAUCCAGUGGUCUCUCAUCAGCUUUGAAUAUACCAGCUACAACAUCAGCGAAAAAGCCAGCUCUGUCAGCAUCACAGUGAAGAGGAUCGGAAACCUCAACCAAUAUGCCAUUGUCCUGUGCCGCACAGAACAGGGCAGUGCCACCUCCAGCUCUAGCAUCCAUUCAGAACCAGGACAGCAGGAUUAUGUGGAGUAUGCAGGCCAGGUGCAGUUUGAUGAGCGGGAGGACACCAAGGCCUGCACUGUUCUCAUAAAUGAUGAUGACGUCUUUGAGAACAUUGAGAGCUUCACUGUUGAGCUCAGUAUGCCAGCCUAUGCUUUGCUGGGCGAGAUCACCCAGGCCAAAGUCGUCAUCAAUGAUACAGAGGAUGAGCCCACUUUACAGUUUGAUAGGAAGACUUACUAUGUCAAUGAGAGUGCUGGCUUCCUGUCUGCACCCAUAGAAAGGAAAGGGGAUGCCAGCAGCAUUGUGUCAGCUGUUUGCUACACUACUCCCAAAUCUGCUAAGGGCAGCAGCCUUUAUGCCCUGGAGUCUGGCUCUGACUUUAAAUCCAGGGGGAUGUCACAUGAGAACCGUGUCAUUUUUGGACCUGGCGUCACCAUGUCAACCUGUGACGUCAAACUGAUUGAUGACAGUGAGUACGAGGAGGAGGAGGAGUUCGAGAUCGCCCUGGCAGAUGCCUCUGACAAUGCACGCAUUGGGAGCCUGGCAUCAGCCAGAGUUCUCAUCAGUGGCCCCAAUGACGCCUCCACCGUGUUCCUGGGAAAUGCUAGUUUCACGGUCAGUGAGGAUGCAGGUACCAUUGAGAUCCCUGUUAUACGGCAUGGUACAGACCUGUCAACCCCCACGUCAGUGUGGUGCGCCACUCGGCUUUCUGAUCCACCCUCUGCCAGUCCAGGAAUUGACUAUAUACCCAGCUCCAAGAAAGUGGAGUUCAGGCCAGGCAGAACUGAAGAGUAUUGCACCUUGACAAUCCUGGAUGACGCUCAGUACCCAGUGAUUGAAGGGCUGGAGACUUUUGUUGUAUAUCUGAGCUCACCCCAAGGGGCGGAAUUGACUAAACCUUUCCAAGCUAUUGUGGCCAUUAAUGACAUCUUCCAAGAUGUACCCAACAUGCAGUUUGGCAAGGACUUGUACACGGUAAAGGAGAAGGAAGGUGUCCUUCAUAUUCCUGUUAUCCGUAGCGGAGACCUGAGCUAUGAGUCCUCUGUCAGAUGCUACACCCGGAGUCAAACAGCAGAAGUCAUGGAGGACUUCGAGGAGAGAAGAGAUGCAGAGGACUCUCGCAUCACCUUCCUGAAAGGGGAGAAGGUGAAAAACUGCACUGUCUACAUUAAUGAUGACUCUGCUUUUGAGCCAGAGGAACAGUUCAGGGUCUAUCUUGGCAGCCCCAUGGGAAACCACUGGAGUGGAGCUAGAAUGGGAAAGAACACCAUGGCCACCAUUACUGUUUCCAAUGAUGAAGAUGCACCCACUAUUGAGUUUGAAGAGGCUGCCUAUCAAGUCCGGGAACCUCCUGGCCCCGAAGGCAUUGCUAUUUUGAACAUCAAAGUGGUCAGGAGAGGGGACCUGAACAGGACCUCCAAGGUCCGAUGCAGCACACGUGAUGGCUCAGCUCAGUCUGGAGUUGACUACUAUCCAAAGAGCCGGGUCCUCAAGUUCAGCCCUGGUGUGGACCACAUCCUGUUUAAGGUGGAGAUUAUGUCCAACGAAGACCGGGAGUGGCAUGAGUCCUUUUCUCUGGUGCUGGGCCCUGACGAUCCAGUGGAAGCUGUUCUUGGAGACACCGCCACUGCGAUAGUAACUAUUUUAGAUCAGGAAGCAGCAGGGAGCCUUAUUUUGCCAGCUCCUCCCAUCGUGGUUACCCUGGCAGACUAUGACCAUGUGGAGGAAGUGACCAAAGAGGGUGUGAAGAAAUCCCCUUCACCAGGCUAUCCACUGAUCUGUGUAACGCCUUGCGAUCUGCACUUCCCCAAGUACACCGUCAUGAAGGAGCGCUGUGAUGAAGCUGGAAUCAACCAGUCUUCAAUCCAAUUCAGCUGGGAAGUGGCAACCCCCACGGAUGGGAAUGGAGCCAGGUCACCUUUUGAAACCAUUACAGACAACACGCCAUUCACUAGCAUCAACCACAUGGUGCUGGACAGCAUUUACUUCAGCCGGCGGUUCCAUGUGCGCUGCGUGGCAAAAGCUGUGGACAAGGCUGGCCACGUGGGGACUCCACUGAGAAGCAACAUUGUUACCAUAGGGACAGACAGUGCCAUUUGUCACACCCCAGUAGUAGCUGGAACAGCCCGAGGCUUCCAGGCACAAUCUUUCAUUGCCACACUGAAGUAUCUGGAUGUCAAACACAAGGAGCAUCCUAACAGAAUCCAUAUUUCAGUGCAAAUUCCCCACCAGGAUGGAAUGCUUCCUCUCAUCUCCACAAUGCCUCUGCACAACCUGCAUUUCCUGUUAUCUGAGUCCAUCUACAGACACCAGCAUGUCUGCUCAAACCUGGUUACCAUCAGUGACCUUAAAGGCAUCUCAGAAGCAGGAUUCCUGGAUGAGGUGACUUAUGACAGCCUCAUUCUGGGUCCCGGGUAUGAUCGUCCCUACCAAUUUGACCCCACCGUGAGAGAGCCAAAGACAAUCCAGCUUUACAAGCACCUCAACUUAAAGAGCUGCAUUUGGACCUUUGAUGCUUACUAUGACAUGACAGAAUUAAUUGAUGUCUGUGGAGGAUCUGUCACUGCUGACUUCCAGGUGCGAGAUUCUGCUCAGUCCUUCCUAACAGUCCACGUCCCGCUCUAUGUGUCAUACAUCUAUGUGACAGCACCUAGAGGUUGGGCCUCUCUCGAGCACCACACAGAGAUGGAAUUUUCCUUCUUCUAUGACACUGUUCUCUGGAGGACAGGAAUCCAGACAGACAGUGUUCUUUCUGCAAGGCUGCAGAUAAUACGAAUCUAUAUCCGAGAGGAUGGCCGCCUGGUGAUAGAAUUCAAGACCCAGGCCAAAUUCAGAGGGCUUUUUGUAAUGGAGCAUCACACACUGCCGGAUAUGAAGUCUUUUAUAAUGACACCAGACCACCUGGGGGGGAUUGAAUUUGAUCUACAGUUGCUGUGGAGUGCUCAGACUUUUGACUCUCCCUAUCAGCUCUGGAGGGCGACAAGCUCCUAUAACAGGAAAGACUACUCGGGGGAGUACACAAUCUACUUAAUCCCUUGUACUGUGCAGCCCACGCAGCCAUGGGUUGACCCAGGAGACAAGCCAUUGGCAUGCACUGCUCAUGCUCCAGAAAGAUUUUUGAUCCCAAUUGCUUUCCAGCAAACAAACCGCCCAGUUCCUGUUGUCUACUCCCUGAACACAGAGUUUCAGCUUUGUAAUAAUGAGAAAGUGUUUUUGAUGGAUCCCACCAAAUCUGAGAUAUCUUUGGCAGAAAUGGAUUACAAAGGAGCCUUUUCAAAAGGUCAGAUCCUGUAUGGCCGUGUGCUUUGGAAUCCAGAACAAAACCUCAACGCAGCUUACAAACUGCAGCUGGAAAAAGUCUAUCUCUGUACUGGCAAGGAUGGUUAUGUGCCUUUCUUUGACCCAACGGGAACAAUCUAUAACGAAGGGCCACAGUAUGGCUGUAUUCAACCCAACAAGCACCUAAAGCACAGAUUUCUUCUCCUGGACCGAAACCAACCAGAAGUAACUGAUAGGUACUUCCAUGAUGUACCUUUUGAUGCUCACUUUGCCUCUGAAUUGUCUGAUUUCCACUCAGUGAGCAGCAUGCCAGGAGUGGAUGGAUUUACUAUGAAAGUGGAUGCUCUCUACAAGGUGGAAGCUGGACACCAGUGGUAUCUCCAAGUGAUCUACGUAAUUGGCCCCGAGACUAUUGCAGGGCCCCGUGUCCAACGUUCCCUCACUCACCGCCUGAAACGUGGGCGCAGGGACCUUGUAGAUAACAACGGCAGGCUUAUCCUGGAUGACUCCUUGAUUUAUGACAAUGAAGGUGACCAAAUCAAGAAUGGCACCAACAUGAAGUCAUUGAGUCUGGAGGUACAGGAAGCAGUUGCAGCUGCCUCCUUCUCACAGACAGGUGCCUCCAUAGGAACUGCUUUAGCUGCCAUCAUGCUGCUGCUGCUUGUGCUUCUGAUAAUGUGCUUCAUAACCAGGAAAUGUCAAAAGCAGCAGAAGAAGAAAAAGCCCACCAAAGAUGUCAUGGAGGAAUAUCCCCUGAACACCAAGAUACAGGUGCCUAAGAAAAACCCAGAGAGGGUAGAGAAGAAUGUAAACAGACAGUACUGCACUGUGAGGAAUAUCAAUAUACUAAGUGAAAAUGAGGGUGCGUACAAGAUCAAAGGUGCAAAGGUCAAACAGGUGAACUUAGAGGUCAAAGUUCAUAACAAUCUACAUGAUGGAACAGAAGUUUAAUAAAGUGCACAUCUUUUUGUAAAAGCUUUUUAUAAAUUGUGAAAAAUUUAAAUCGUAAACUGGUAUUUUUAUAAUCUUGUGGAAAAAGGGAAGACUAUAGCUUUGAGUGGUGGACAGCAAUACAUCCUCACAGGCUUCAACUCACAACUGAGCUACCUCAUUAAAAGUAGAACAGUAAAACACCCAGGGCAGAAAAAAUGGUAUCUCUACCAACAAGUUUAUUCAGUUUUAGGCUGCACAAUGUUCAUAGCAACAUCCAUAGCAGCCAGAUAUUUACCCAAACUUGAAUAGUUCCUAUAUGAAGUCCACCAAUCCUGAAAUGGGGGGUUACAGGGGAAUAGUGUAACAACCCUAUAUCAGACACAGUAUUAUAGGAAAGAAGCUUAUUAAAGAAUUGGAAUCUAUUAUGUUCCACUCUGUACUGUUUUCCUUUUUGUACCUCCUCUCUUUUGUUGGACUGCAUCAGACAGAACAUGACAAUUUUGACCAAGAAUGCAGACAUGCAGCCAGUACUGUAACUAAAGUCGUUUCUUAUUGAUGGUUGAUCUUUAUGGAGGUAAAAUGCUCUGAGAGGAGGUCACCUCAUGCAGAGGGUGGCACUGUGCAUCAUUCGAACGGAGUGCUAGUGUGCUUGCAGCCUUCUGCACCUGAGUGACUGUCACUCUAAAAGAACAGUGAGAGAAGCCUUUACUGUUCUGUGGCCUAGAGGUCCACCAUUGAAUCUGGACCCGCUGAAAUCAGUGGGAAGUUAGCCACUGACUUCAGCAAGGCCAGGAUUUCAUCCUUUCCCCAUUAGACCACCACAUCCCUUUUCCAACUUCCUGAACUUCGCAACCCAAAGAAUUGCAUCCUUGCAAAUAUUGUAAAAAGGUUUUUGGAACUCACACCAACAUGCAUAGGCACCAGUGUAGGGUUCACGAACGUCAUCUUAUUCCCAAAGGUGUCAGGAGAAAAGGAUGUUUUACUGAAGAACCACAACUUCAAACAGAGCAGGCCCAACCAGCCCAGAAUGUGUAUAUAGCAAAUACAGAGUUAGAAGAAGACGGUGAAGCAGAUGACGUAUACAUUAUGGAUACUUCCAGCAAUAUUUCUGAAAAUUUAACUCUGUACAGCUGUUUAGAGAUAAAAUGGGCUUGUCAGAGCAUCGCUUUUUGCUUCAUGGGGUAGGAAAUAUCUUCGUUUGCUCAGUCUAAUAGUAGCACUAGCAAUUGUGAUGUGAUUGAGAUGGAAUCCAACUCUGCACAGUUGUAUGGAUUAAAUUGUUUAAUUACUCCAGUCACAGUGGAAAUUUCUCAAAAUGUAAAGGUUACGCAGAUGCAUGUGAAUGAUCUUCCCAAGGAGCCCUCAAGCAGUGGAAGCAAUGAAUCAAAGAAGAGAAGAACAGCUAGUCCUCCUCUUAACCAAAAAUAAAAACAGAAGUAGAUCCAGAACCUGUAAUGCCAUCAGGUUCAUUAAAUCUUCCUCUUAGCAUUUCAACAGCUGAGAGUUUACCUUUUCACAAAGAAAAAAGUGUGUAUUUGUCAUCUAAGUUAAAACAACUGCUUCAGACACAGGAUGGUAAUAAGAUAACUCCAUCAACUGAAAUCCCUAAAUUAGGACCUGCUGCAUCUUCACCCAUUUUGCCUCCAGUUUCUAGUAGGUUUAAGAGAAGAACCAGCUCUCCUCCUAGUUCUCUGCAGCACAGUCCAGCCCUUCGGGACUUUGGCAAACUGGGUGAUGGGAAAACUGUGUGGAAGGAUACAGUUCUAGGUUCAAAGAUGCCAAAGUUAGAAAGCCACAGCAACUCGCCUGCAUGGAGCUUGACUGGAAGGGAGGAAAAAGAAUCCAUGAGUCCUCUUUGCUUUGAAGACUACAAAAUAUCUAAGGAAUGGGCAGGCCCUCCUACCUUUGGUAACGUGUGCAACCACCAGCCAUCAGAUUUGUCCAGUGGUGUCACCAAGAGCCCCCUUUGGGGGACUAAAAUGUCUAUACAAACGCCAGGAGUAUGGGGAACAAGCAAGAGGAGCUCACACUCUUGCUUGCUAGCACCCAGUAUGACCUAGUCAGACUAACUGAAACAUGGUGGGAUUCUACACAUGACUGGGCGGUAGGCAUUGAGGGGUAUAGUUUGUAUAGGUGCAGCAGAGUGGGGGAAAAAGGCAGGGGGGGUAGCACUCUAUGUUAAGGAGCAGUAUACAUCUUCCACCAUCAAGGCGGGGGUGGAGGAGGGGAACACUGAGGCAUUGUGGGUCAGGAUCCAGGGGGGGCCAGGGGAAAAGGGUCUACUACAGGCCUCCUCAACAGGAUCAAGAGCUAGACGAUGUAUUCUCCAGGCAGCUAGCAGACGCCACACAGGCGAGGGAGGUGGUGGUCAUGGGAGAUCUAAAUUACCCAGAUAUCUGCUGGGAGGAGCAGACAGCCAAAACAAGCCGCUCAUGGAGGUUCUUACACUGUGUGCAGGACCUCCACCUAACCCAGGUGGUGUCUAGUCCCACCAGGGGUAGCACCUUGCUUGACCUGGUCUUAGCAACAGGAGAUGAUCUCGUGGGGAACAUGCGAGUUCAUGGUAGCCUGGGAGAUAGUGACCAUCACUUAACUGAGUUCACUAUCCAGCAAAGGGUGGGUAAAGUAACUAGUGGGGCUAAGGUGUUGGACUUCAGAAGGGCUGACUUUAGCAAGCUUAGAAGGCUAGUUAGUGAGGGGAUGCAACUCAAGAACAUAGAGCAAAUGGUGGUCCAGGAGGGUUGGAGCUAUCUCAAGGGAGUGAUCCUUGGGGCUCAAAAGGAGUCUAUCCCAUUACAUAGGAAGGGAGGUAAGGGGGCAAAAAAGCCCCCUUGGCUGGACAGGGAACUCCAGGAGAGUCUGGCGGCAAAGAAAGAGAUGUAUAGGCAAUGGAAGCAGGGAGCAGCCACCAAGGAGGACUAUAUGUCCCUGGCGUGCUAUUGCAGGGAAUCAGUUGGACAGGCCAAGGUGGGGCUUGAGCUCAGGCUGGCUUCAACAAUCAAGGACAAUAAUAGUACUUCUUCAGGUAUAUAGCGGGCAAAAAGAAAGCUCAGAGCAACAUAGGGCCCCUGCAGGACCAAUUAGGACAGUUGGUGUUUGACGCGGGGAAAAAAGCAGAGCUCUUCAAUGAGUUCUUCGCUUCAGUAUUUCCAAGUACCGACCAAGCCAAUUCCCCCACCUCGAUCAUUGACGGAUGUCCACAUGGCACCGGUCCGCCUAUGGUUAGUUCUGAAAUAGUUAAGGAGCUCCUGGAGGAGCUGGAUGGGUACAAGUCAGCAGGCCCGGAUGACCUCCAUCCACGGCUGCUGAAAGAAUUGGCCAGUGUCAUAGCUGAGCUGCUGGCACAGCUGUUCGAGCACCCGUGGUGGUCCGGCCAGGUCCCUGAGGACUGGAGAAGGACCAAUGUGGUGCCCAUUUUCAAGAAAGGGAGAAGGGAUGAGCUGGGUAACUUUAGACCAUUCGGUCUUACCUCUAUUCCUGGGAAAAUGCUAGAGAAAAUAAUCAACAAACACAUUUGUGCAGGUCCAGCAGGGGAAACGAUGCUGAGGGGAAACCAGCAUGGGUUUGUCACAGGUAGAUCCUGCCUGACAAACCUUGUAGCCUUCUAUGGCAAGGUCACACGCUGCCUGGACGCGGGAGCCGAGGCUGAUGUCAUCUUCCUAGACUUUAGGAAGGCCUUCGACACAGUUUCGCACCCUAUCCUCAUUGGGAAGCUAUCAAACUGUGGAGUGGACGCCUACACGGUCAGGUGGGUGGCCAACUGGCUUAGGGACCGCACCCUGGGAGUGGUGGUGGAUGGUUCCUUCUCGGCCUGGAGGGAGGUGGGCAGUGGGGUCCCGCAGGGUUCGGUCCUCAGACCGAUAUUAUUCAAUAUCUUCAUCAGCGAUUUGGACGAGGGCGUGGAGAGCACCCUCUCCAAGUUCACUGAUGAUACCAAGUUAUGGGGCAAAGUUAGUACACCGGAGGGCAGGGAGCAGAUUCAGGCCGACCUGGACAGGUUGGAUCAAUGGGGAGAGAGAAAUAAGAUGCAAUUUAAUAAAGAUAAAUGUAAGGUACUCCACCUGGGAAGGAGGAAUCCCCAGCACACCUAUAGGUUGGGAAGUGUCCUUCUCAGCAGCUCAGAGGCAGAGAGGGAUCUUGGAGUCAUAAAUGACUCCAAGAUGAGCAUGAGCCGGCAGUGUAACAAGGCCAAUCACACCUUGUCGUGCAUUAGCAGGUGCAUGACUAUAGAUCAAAGGAGGUGAUGCUCCCCCAUUAUGCGGCACUGGUUAGGCUGCAGUUGGAGUACUCUGUCCAGUUUUGGGCGCCGCACUUCAAGAGGGACGCAGAGAAUCUGGAGAGGGUCCAGAGGAGGGCCACUCGCAUGAUUAGUGGCCUUUGUGAUAGACCCUAUGGGGGGAGGUUUAGAGAGCUGAAUCUCUUCCGCCUUCACAAGAGAUGGCUGAGGGGAGAUCUUGUGGCUGCCUAUAAAUUUAUUAGGGGUGGUCAAUGGGGAAUAGGGGAUGCGUUGUUCACUAAGGCGCCCCAGGGAGUGACUAGGAAUAAUGUGUGUAAAGUAGUUGAGAGUGGAUUUAGCUUAGAUAUUAGGAAGAAAUUUUUCACAGUAAGGGUGGCCAGGAUCUGGAAUGGGCUUCCAAGAGAGGUGGUGCUAUCACCUAGCUUGGAGGUCUUCAAGAAGAGGCUAGAUAGUCACCUGGCUGGGGUCAUCUGACCUUGGUCCUCUUUCCUGCCAGGGGCAGGGAGUCGGACACAAUGAUCCAUUGUGGUCCCUUCUGACUCUACAAUCUAUGAAUAUGAAUUUCUCAGAGCUUUGGUCUCCUAGUCAGUAGUAAAAGUACAUUCCUCUGCCUGGUAAUAAGACUGGAACACCUUCUACUGAGAACACUCCACAGAGAAAACACAAAGAAACACUCAAAGCCACCUAAAUGAUAGGUUGUCAAGUUGAAGGGUGCUAAUAGGUAUGCUUUUUACCAUACUGCUAAGUAGGAUAGGGUCCUGGCCCCAUCUCAGUUAUAAGAAAGGGGACCCAGACAUGGAAAAGAUUUCAGAACUGCUGAUUUAGAGUCGGUUUAAAUGUUGCAGCUAUGUAUUAUCUGACUCUUAGCACUGGCAUCUUGUUGCAUGUUAUAUUUGUUAUAUUAUCAUGGUGCUGUACAAACCUUAAUGAAUCCCUUGACAUUAUUCCAACCUGGCACUGGAUUGUCAUGAUGCACUGAGUAACGAGAUUCCAAACCUCUUCUCCCUGACCCCAAUUCACAUACAAUACAGAUGAAAGCAGUUGCUCUACUGAAGGAUGCACUGGAAAAAUGCUUGUGCACAAGCAGGUUAAUGCCUUUUAUAUAUUAAGCAAAAUUGCCUUAGACGCAUUGAUUUCUGAACUCAGAGUAACCUUUGUGCUCAUGGACGCACUUUAAACUUUUGAGGCCUAGAACAUGCUCACCAGCUUUAUCCCCUAGCCUUUGAGUUCCAGCUCUCUGCAAAUUAGAAGUAAAGCAGCUAGUGCUGUCUGCUGACUUUCAAGUGUUAACCACGCACACCUUCCACCUUGUUAAAAUAUACAUAACAAUAUAUUUCCUAGCUUCAAACAAUUUUGUAAACAGGAAGGGGGGAGGGAGGAAAUGGAAAUUUACACAUUCUGACCCCAGUAGAGCAACUGCAUGCCUGGUGCUUAUUGAUUCUGAUCAUACAAUACUAAGGUUCCAUUAAUAAAUAGUUUAGGUUUUAUGGUUCUUUAAUAACUUCUGUUGAUUUCUUGUCUAGAUCUUAAGGCAUUUUACCAAGGAGGUCAGGGUCAUUUGCUUCAUUUUAAAGAUAAGGAAACUGGAGCCCAGACUGGGGAAGCAACUUGCCCAAGAUCACCUGGCAAGCCAGUGGCAGUCCCAGCCCAGUGUACUACCCCCUAGCCCCCAAUGGCAGAACAGCUGUUAAAAGUCCAGCAGGUUGCUUAUAGCCAUUUGCAUCAUCUUCUGUUGAUGUGCCCAUAAGCAUCCAGAACUUGUAUGUGCAACAUGCUGGUAACAUCACUAGUCACAUAUUAACCCUUUACAAACUUUAACAAUAGGACCUCGGAGUACAGUGUGACCAUGACUUCUUUUAGCUGUGUCCCCAUCUCUGUUGUUGUAUUACCUGAUGUGGUACAUCAGGGAUUCACGUCUUUGGGAUUCAUUCCUGGUAGCUCAGACAUUUGGUUUAUUACUGUGUGUUCAUGUCAAGGUCACACACACAUACAUAUGUAUCUAAAAUCUUUUAGUUGUCAGGUCUGCUAUUACUCUUGUAUGCAUAUUAUGCUCUUAGAUUGUUUUGUUGUUUUUUGUUACAGACUACAUGGCAACCAGUUAAUAAGUGUAAAUAUAGUGUGCACUUUCUGAUGGAAGCAAAAUUUGAUUAUUCAGCUUAAAUAUUUACGGGGAUCAGUUUUUUUCUGAAAUGUAUGUAGACUGUUCCCAACAAUGAUACUUUCAGACUGUAAGCUCUGCAGUGCAGGCUCUCUUUAUUUUGUGUCCUUACAGCGCUGAGUUUGCCAGUGCGUAACAAAUUCAUCAAGAUGUGUAACAGUGUUAAAUAAGAGUUAUGCCGAUGUUGAUAAAAACAAGAAGUGAAAUGAAAGACACAUAAUUUAAUGCAGCACUGUAUAGUAAGGGAUCCCGGGAUCCCUCCUAUAUACUGUUCACAAACUAACUACAUGAAUCACCAGCUGUAUAUUCAUUAUUACAUUACAAACCUGACUUGCUUCUGGAGAAUUUUUAGCUUGCAAAAUAUGAUGUAUCCUCCACCUCACUUUGAUUGCCAACAUUUUGUUUGUUAGACAUGCACUUAAACUGAAAGUGUCAAAGCUUUGGAUCUGUUACUUUUUAUCUGCAAUUCUCAGUUGCUUUUUAAAGUCAAGAGUCGGAUGAUCAACAAACAUUGGUGGUAUUUUCUCAGUCAAAUAUGUGGUCUGAGUUUCUGCUGUUUGCUUGACAAUUACUUGCAUGCAUCCUACCAUACUUUUUAUUAUGCAAUAAGGUUAGUGCAAAUACAAACUUGGCAGUUUGUUUUUUCCUGUGUAUAAUGGUGCUGAGUAAAUAAAGAGAUAAGGGCAAUGUUACCAUUCUCCAUAGUUGUACAGUUGCUUUAACAUGAGGACAUUGUGGACAUUACUUCUUAAGCUCUUGAGAAUUGCUAGUGUCAAGGGGGGCUUACAUAUGGUUGCAAUAAUCUGACUGUGUGUGCAUGUGUUCUGAUUUAGUUCAGUUAUUUUUCAAUGCAUUGCACCUACUACAAAGACUCAUUGCUGUGAUCUGAGUAAUCUGCUGGUGGUGCUGCCAAGCAAUUUUCUUAACUUCUUAUGAUUUAUGUAUUUUGAAUCUUUCUGUUAUGGAGUUAAUGAUUUUUCCAUGCAGUAAUAUAUGCCAUUAUACAUGGGUUUUGCUAAUAAACAACAUUUUGGUUA